AUGUUCCAUUCAGUCCCGUUUUUCAUUAAAAAACAUCGACUGUUAUGUUGGUUUAAUUUAGGGAGUGGAGCAGCUCUUCUGACCUCUGGGAAUAGACUUCAUGAUGGAGCAUGGCAUCAUGUAGAAGUCACAAGAAAUGGGGAGGAGACACUGUUACGAGUUGGUGGUGACAUUCAAAGUCGGGUUUCUCGGGGCAUUGAAUACCUUUUCGGCAACCAUUCCAGUAACAGCGAUCUUUACUUUGGGGGGUUACCUGCAUGGUACAGCUCCAACCUGAGUUACUUGUCACUCCCUUCCGUAUUGUACGAGCCACAUUUUAAAGGAGCCAUAAGGAACGUGAUAUUUGCUCAUGAAGAAGGAAUGCCUAAACGACAGGAGAUGACUCAUUCGCAGGGUGUCCGAGCAACAGUUUUGGCAUCGUGUGAGCACCAUGAUCCAUGUCAACAUGGGGGCAUUUGCAUCAGCACCGACACUGGGCCCGUCUGUAACUGCAACCAUGUUGACUAUGAUGGAAACUACUGUGAAAAAGAUAAGUCUCCAUCUGAGGCUACUUUUCGGGGCUCAGAAUUCCUUACUUAUGACUUGAGGUCAGGAGGAGGGCAAUCAAUCAUCAGCUCAAGCGACGAAGUGUCUAUCUUCUUCAAGACUCGCCAGCCCAAUGGCCUAAUGUUCUACACUAACGACGGAGAAGAUUUCAUGGGUUUGUUGCUACGGGAUGGAGGUGUAGUGUUGGUCAUCAGACUGGGAUCCGGGUCUGUUGAGAGAACUGUUCGCCCCGCUAGGGUGCGUUUUGAUGAUAACCAGUGGCACAAAGUUCUGGUUCAUCGCAAAGUUAGAGAGAUCACAAGAGCUACCAGUUUCUGUCAUUUAUCCAUCACAGUGGACGGUGUGUACACUCAACGAGGGUCAACAGCUGGGGCAUUCUCCCUUCUUUCCAGUGCUCAAAUUUAUAUUGGCGGAUAUGACUCAGCUUCAACCCUUUCAGUAGCAAGAAUCAGUACCAACUUUGUUGGAUGUCUCCGCAAGGUGCAGUUCAUGGCAGACAGUCUAAGGCUAGAUUUGAUAGAGCUAGCCAACACUGACAGCAAGUUAGUUCGACCUCAUGGAAACCUCCAGUUCAUGUGCCAAGAAGUGGAAGCGGCCGAUCCCAUAACCUUCACGACCAAAGACUCUUUUCUUGCUUUGCCUUGUUGGGAGGCCACUCGUACUGGUAGUUUGUCUUUCAAGAUCAGAACCAACGAGGCGAACGGAGUACUCAUGUACAAUAGCGGUGCUACCUCACAAGGAGAUUUUUUUGCAUUUGAGCUCCUGGCAGGUCAUGUUUACCUACUUUUAAACUUAGGAUCUGGUGCUGUUAAAGUAAAGGCCACUACGACACGACGAGUGGACGAUGGCCAUUGGCACAUCGUUUCUCUUCGCAGAAACGGAAAAUCUGGUAGAGUGACCGUAGAUGAAUCAGCAGUAGACUUUAUAACUCCAGGAAACUCUAACCAGCUGGAUUUGGAAGGACCUUUAUAUUUGGGAGGAAUUGGAACCAGUUCUGAAGAGCUAGCUCUUCCAGUCGAGUUGUGGGCAGGUAGGCUACAAUAUGGUUAUGUUGGGUGUGUCCGUGAUUUGGUGGUCAACGAUCACGCUGUGGACAUCGCUGACUUUGCCAAAAAGCAAGAUUCGGGGAGUAUCCGCCCUGCCUGUCACCCCACCUUUGGUCUUUGUGACAGCCAACCUUGUUUGAACGGAGGUUUCUGCAAAGAGGGUUGGAAUAGAUUUGUCUGUGACUGUAGUAGGACGGGAUUCGACGGUCCCAUUUGUGCUAAGGAUGCUACUACAUUGAGUUUUGAUGGAGAACAGUACAUGUCAAUUGAUCUUCCUGAAGUUUCGCGCACCCAAGCCGAAGAUGUCCGGCUCCGAUUUCGAACAACGCGCCCUAGCGGACUACUACUGAUAACAAGCGUCAAAAAAUCAUCAAGCUACAUGAUGGUAGCCUUGGAAUCUGGUCGAGCGAUGUUUAUCUUGAACCUGGGAGAUGGAAACAAGAUCGUGCAUUUGAACCAAGGGCUGAAUGACGACCAAUGGCACACUGUACGGAUAAUACGGCGAGGAAGAAGUAUUGUGAUCAUGGUAGAUUCAGAAGUAAAAAAUACAGAACUUCUAGGUCACAAAAUCACCCUGGAGUUCCAAGAAAUGCACAUAGGAGCUGUAGAACGUAGCUUAAAGCUACAGAAAGACGUCCCUAACUUCGUAGGACACAUGCAACACUUGGAGUUCAACGGUUUCCGUUAUUUUGAAAUGGCUCAGACAAGACAGUUGCCCAACUUUCAGGUAACAGCCAAAUUUGGUAACAAAGAACAUAUUGUUCACCAUCCUGUCACCUUCAAAUCCAAGUGGACUUACGUAGGCUUACCCCAACUUAAAGCUUACUCUACGAUGAAUCUCUAUUUUCAGUUUAAAACCUCUUACCCUAGUGGACUGAUCUUGUACAAUGGUGGGAAAGGACAAGACUUUAUUGCUAUAGAACUGGUAAAUGGGCAUCUUCACUACAUCUUCAACAUGGGCGAUGGCCCUCGAAAGGUCAGAUCGAACACUCGUCGUACACUAAAUGAUAAUAAGUGGCACGCAGUAACUAUUGGCCGAUUAACUUUACAUCAGCACACGCUCAUGGUAGACGAUAUGAUUGCUACUGUGACCAGCAUGGGAUCCAAUGUCCAUUUGGACUUAGAUGGACUACUGUACCUUGGUGGGGUUCGAGAGUCUAUGUAUGAAAAGCUCCCAAAAAUAGUUCAAUCAAAAUACGGAUUUACUGGGUGUAUUGCGUCGCUGGAUCUCAAUGGAGAAACCCUCGAUCCCAGUACUGAUGCUCUAAUUCCUAGUACUCUCGUAGCCAAAGGAUGUGCAGGACCAGAGAGGAAGUGCAGUUCUAGUGCAUGUGCUAAUCAUGGAGUAUGUGUACAGUUAUGGAAUAGUUAUACAUGCGACUGUGACAUGACGUCAUUUACUGGCCCAACCUGUUCUGACGAAAGCAUAGCCUACAGAUUUGGAGGUGAUUCGAGCCUAAUGACCUAUACCUUCACUCAGGACAAGCGCCCCGAUACCAAGACGGAUCUCCUGGCGUUAGGAUUCAUCACCAUGGAGGAUAAUGCUGUGUUGGUGAGGAUAGAUAGCGGAAGUAGUAACGACUACAUGGAGUUGGAGAUAGUCGAAGGCAACAUAUUUGUGGUAUACAACAUGGGUACUGAAGAUCACCCUAUUGGCGAGCUUAGUGUGAGAGUAGAUGAUGGUCAGUACCAUGUAGUUCGAUUCACCCGUGCUGGCCCCAACUCCACUUUACAGCUUGAUAAUCAUAACGUUCUCACCAAAUAUCCAGAAGGGAGACAACUGACUGUAUUCAACAGCCACUCCAAGGCUCAAAUUGGUGGGAAAAAGAACCCGGUGGGUGGAAAAAUUGAACGAUCCUUUCAAGGUAUUCUUGCUGGCUUGGUGUUCAAUGGUCUUCGUCUAUUAGACCUAGGAACAGAAAAUGAUCCUAGAAUGACCACAGAAGGAGAUGUGGAACUCCUUAUGUCUAUCCCAUUCGACUCGAAUCAAAAAUUUGGUUUCCACGCACAAAUGCAACAGCCUCGAUCAAAGAUUUCUUUCGAAGGCGAUGAUCUGGUGUUUCCUGCUUCAGAAUCCGGCUGUUUUGAUGACGAAGACGACUGUGGUGUGAUUGAAUUUGGAUCAGGAGAUGACCUCAUCACACCUGUGUACAUAUCACCUACCGCUCGACCACACCCCACGACAUCCACUACACAUCCUCAGUGGUCUGGAACAUUGACUCCUGUUGUCGAGGAAACCAUUUGUGACGACGAGGAAGACUGUACAGAAGGCUCGGGAUUUGAUGACAUCAUCGUUACUAAUCCUUCUGACAGUUCUCAUAUUGUUUCCGAGAUUGUGGUACCUGUGUCCCGUGCACCUGAUUCUCGAGCCUCUCCGUUGCCAGUCCAGCCUUAUCCCAUCUCACCAACUACUUCACAUCAGGAAGGAGAGGUACCAGACAAAGUUGAGCGAAGCACCACUACAGUGGCGACGUCGAGCGCUAACCAACUAACACAACUCCCUCCGUCAGUGUACCAGGUUCCUAUUCCUGAAAUGCCCAAGAACAAGGAGCUGCCAAAACCAAACCAAAAACCUAAAAGUUCAGCAGACAAUACUGCUCUUGUAAUUGGUAUUAUAGCCGGUCUAUUAAUUUUGAUAGUUCUGAUAGCAUUAGUAUUAUACAGGCUCAGGAAUCGAACUGACGGCUCGUAUAAAAUCGACGAGAGUAAAAACUAUCAGUUUUCUGCUGUCACUAACAGCCCAGCCCUGCUCAGUGAACAACAAAUGCACGUGAACGGAGCUGUAAAAACAGCAGAGAAACUUCAGAAGAAGGAAGACAUAAAAGAUCUUAGAGAAUGGUAUGUGUAAGGUCAGGAUCGUUACAAGCUCUCAGAUCGAUCGUGUGCUUGAACUUUUUAACUUCACCAGUGUUGGCUCCUUUCUUUUUUACAGAAUACCUAUGAAAUGAACAUGAAUCUUCUGAAAACGUGGAUGCGAUUUUUUCAGAAAUAUCCGAGAUGUUUGGCUUAUUCAAGCUUACAUCAUAUAGCUUAUAAGAUGACGUACGGCUUUUGCUGAUAAAACAGAGACAAUGUGUUUACUGGUAUCAGCUUAUGAAAGAAUUGAAGAACUUGCAAAUAGCUAACAAACUUAAUUGUCAAACCCUCUGCAGGCUACAUGUAAAACUGUGAAAUAUGCACAUGAGCCAUGUUUCAUAUAUAUAUGUAUAAUACACACACACAGAGAGAGAGAGAGAGAAUGUGGAAAAAUUGCACUGUUUAAAUAAUAUUUUCUAACCACUCGAGACGAUUAUUUGCUGGCAAUAUACAAUUACAAUAAAAUAUUAAUUUAUUUAAUAUAUUUUCAAUACUUAGCACUUCAGAUGAUAGAUUUCAGCGCUUUGAACGUUCUGACUAAGUAAAAUUUAGCAAAUCAUUUGAUAUCAUCACUUAUAUGCCAGUUAGUCACAGUGUUGAGAUUGAAGGGCCGAGCUUGGCCCUGUGGUUAAUGUGCCCGACUGUGGAACUGAGGUUCCGUGGUUUGCAUCCCGUUAACGCCAAAACAAAUUCGUGGUCCGCACCUUGGGACAGUAGAUGCUUAUAAGAGUAACUAUCAAAUCUCACUAUUCGCUUAGAAUAGCUAAACAGUUGGCGAUGUAGUGUUGACUAGUUGCCUUCCCUCUAGCCUAUCAUAUCAAAAUUAGGGAUGGCUAGCGCAGACAUCCCU